UCCCAGCAGCGAGGAGUGAGUCCGUGGAGGAGCGGGCCCCACUGUUUGUUUUGCCUUCUGUGUUCUCCCGGCCAGUGGUAACCAAGGGCCGCUUCCCCUUGGUGACGGCGGAGCUCGCUCAGGCCAGGGCUGAUCUAGCCCCAGCGGAGGAGGCCUGGGGGACCCGCAGGCCCGGCCACUGGCAGGGAGGCAGCCUCCCCUCCUCAGAUCUGCCCCCAGCCCGAGAGCCCGUGGACUCCUCACCUGGCGCUUUCCCCAGGCACUGGCCUGAAACAUUCCAGAACUCCGGAUCCGGUGGCAACACUGAGCGCGCCGCAGUCCACAGAGGCCGCCUGGAAACCUUCCUUGGGACGUCUGUCUGGGCCUCAUUGGAAAACUGGACGGGAGACCCCACGAUUGAUGAGUUUGCCUUGGGAGUCGGUGCAAAGGUGAAACCAAAGGCGAUCAUGGGUCAGAAGGUCACCGGAGGCAUCAAGACUGUGGACAUGAGGGACCCCACGUACCGGCCCUUGAAGCAGGAGCUCCAGGGCCUGGACUACUGCAAGCCCACCCGCCUGGACCUGUUACUGGACAUGCCCCCCGUGUCCUACGACAUCCAGCUGCUCCACUCGUGGAACAACAACGACCGAUCGCUCAACGUCUUCGUGAAGGAGGACGACAAGCUGAUCUUUCACCGGCAUCCGGUGGCCCAGAGCACGGACGCCAUCAGGGGCAAAGUCGGGUACACGCGUGGGCUGCACGUGUGGCAGAUCACGUGGGCCAUGAGGCAGCGGGGCACGCACGCCGUGGUGGGGGUGGCGACGGCGGACGCCCCCCUGCACUCCGUUGGGUACACGACUCUCGUGGGGAAUAACCACGAGUCCUGGGGCUGGGACUUGGGGCGCAACCGGCUCUAUCACGAUGGCAAAAACCAGCCGAGCAAAACGUACCCGGCCUUUUUGGAGCCGGAUGAGACAUUUAUUGUCCCUGACUCUUUCCUUGUGGCCUUGGACAUGGAUGACGGGACUCUGAGCUUCAUUGUGGACGGACAGUACAUGGGAGUGGCUUUUCGAGGACUCAAGGGCAAAAAACUGUAUCCUGUAGUGAGUGCCGUCUGGGGCCACUGUGAGAUCCGCAUGCGCUACUUGAACGGCCUUGACCCCGAGCCCCUGCCACUCAUGGAUCUCUGCCGCCGCUCCGUGCGCCUGGCCCUGGGGAAGGAGCGUCUGGGUGACAUCCACACACUGCCGCUGCCCGCCUCCCUCAAGGCUUACCUCCUCUACCAGUGACGCUCUAGCCCCGGCAUCGCCAGCACGACAGCCACCUGGUGCCACCUCACCGAGCUACCGCCGUGCCCCGCGCCGCGGGCUGGCAUCUGGCCGCGGGAGGAAGCCCCUGCUCUCCCUCUUCAUCCCGCCCAGCGCCCCUGCCAGACACGGACAGCUCGACCCAGGCCCCUCUGUCCCCCGUCCUGACGUUGGCAGAAGUCCCCUGCAUGCCGCACAACGUCCCUCUUUGGAAAAGGACACAGAACAGACUCCUAGGAAGCCCUGCGCUGAGCUCCGAUCUGCCCUCGGGGUGGCGUGGGCUACCCCUGCCACCUGCCGGGUCCCAGCGCCAAGCGCAGAUCCCAGGGGUGCUAAGAGGUGCUCAGAUAAAGGCUGGUGCUGAGGCCGGUGGGGCCACGCCACGGCAGACAACGCUCAGGACGUCAGGAACUCCCCAUGGACUCCGAGGCAGAAGCAAACCAAGAUCGGACCUUCCGCAGCGCCCAGCAUCAGCCCCGGCUGUCAGUCCCUUGGUACCCUCUAUUUAUUCUUUGAACAAUAACAAAAGCCAUUUAUUUAUUCCAUUUAGAAAGGAAACCUUGUUUCAGUACCCUCUCUCUGGAGUGUUCUGGUGGUCCCUUCCACCUGCCCCUCCCUAGGAUAUGUGUGUGCCUCACCUGCUCCUCUCAGUGGGCCGUGUCCUCACAGGGGCACGAGGGUGUCUUUGUUUGGGGCUCUGGACCUACAGUUUCCGGGGUGGCUCUGCUCCGAGUUCCCGAGCACGCCCCUCAGGGAACAUUCGCCUCACGUGCAAUACAAGAAUCUUGGGGGUCCCGUCUGCAAGGGCUGUGGCAGCUCCCUGUGUCUCUCCAGGUAGCCACUCACCCCUCGGACUCGGACAUCUUUGCACGUGGUUGUAUUUCUUCAGUCUUCUGGGGGAGGGUGUUGCUGCUUUUGCCUUUCCUUUCCUAGCUGAGAUUUCCCAUGUGCGUCGUCAGAAGCCCUGGCCUUCUGGAGCCUCAACCAAGAAGGGAGGCUGAGUGGGUCUCCAUCCCCAGAGGAACCAGGGGCAGGACGGGCUGGGGAGACCACAGAGAGGUGGUGCCCCACCGGAAGCCAGCGCAGGCCCCCACUUAGUGCCCCUGUCUGGGCUCUGCGCCCGGGUGGAACAGCCUCAGCUCACCACAACUCCCCCCCCCCCCCCAGAGCCACACGAGGUGCAGGGCGGGGUGGGACGGGGCAGCCAACAGAAGAGGGUCACUAGCGCCCUGCCACAGCCCCCCCCACGUAGCAGCCCCCAGCCCCUGCCACCGCGUUCACCACCUUCUAUCUUGAGGUCAACUCUCUUCGAAUCGGACUUCUGUUCGUUUCUAUACCAGUACAAUAGAUGACUUUAUUUGUUUAAAUGUUUAAUAUAUAUACAUAUAUAUUUGUCUGUAAGAAUUAUGUUUUAAACAGCUGCUGUAGGGUACCUUUAAAAAAAAAAAAGUCUUCCAACGGAGUAUAUUUUUUAAAGCACAAAAUUGGUACCAAGUCUGGGUGAGGAAUGUAAAUUGCCCCCUUAUUAUUUUGAGGUUUUUUCCAAGGGCGGGGGCGGGGUGGGGGGGAGUGGGGAGGAAAUCUUACCUGUAAGACUUUUAAAGACUUUUCCUCACUCCUGUUUCGGGGUGGGUCAUGUUCUCAUGAAUGUUGCACACGAGAGAGUUCUAUUUCUGCCGCUCCCAGCCUUACUGCCUUGGCCCAGCCGUCUCCCACCGACGCUGGAUGAAUUGCGGGCUCUUUGUCAUUUCUCUGCACCUCUGUCCCCAAGCUUCCCAAACCCCGGCCCCACCCUUCUUUCCCCUCAGCCCAGAACCUUGUGACCUGUACAGUUUUGAAACUCCCGUUCUAUUUUAUGAUGGUUAAUAAUAGUCAGUAACCUAAUAAAGGAAAGUUUAUUAAAAAUACAAAGCCA